GAAUUGGAAAAAAGAGACAUAUUAUUUUUUUUUUUGUCACUUUAAGACUUUUCAUACUUUUGGCAAUUUUGGACUUAUUUUACCCUUGGUUGAUGAGAAAAAUAGUAAACUUAAAUAAAAAAAUAUACAAAAAUAUGAAAACUAUUAGAAACAUAAGUAUGACAAUUUAUAUAUUUUAAGUUUUUAAAAAAAAAAUUGGAAUCAUAUUUUAUUUUACUUUCUAACCCAGGUUAGAAUACACAUUAUGGUGAUCUAUUUUACCUAGAAAUCGAAAUAUAAGUUUAUACAUCGAUAUAUCCUUGGUAUAAAACGUUAUGUAGAUUUCCUUGUCAUAUAUAUCUUAGGUACAUUUUGUGACGUUUCAAUCUAGCAAGAUCUCUUCACUAUACCCGAGGUUAUAUAACGAUAAAUAACCACAACUCUAAGAUAUACCUAACGUAGUUUUUGUGAAAUUAAGGUCAUGUACCUUUUAACUUAUGUGACGUCUUAGAUAGAAUAGGUAUCCCACAUACUGUACAUUGUUAAAGCCUAGGUAUGAUACGUUUUCUAGGUAAAUCCGAAAAAUAUGGAAACUUCCAUAUUCGGUUAUAGAUGUUUCCUAAAUCAAUCCCCAAAUAUCUUGGAGAAUAUUUUCUGCACGAUAUUCUCCUCCUCCCACGAUCUCUUCAUCGACGCUCCCAUCUUCUAUUCUUCUUCCUCCCUAUUCCAUUCUCUUCUCUCUUCUCUCCAUCAUCACAACAUGGUUCUAAUCUAUGUUAAAUCUGGUGAAUGGAUGUGUAGUUGCAGCGACCAGUGGAGUUUCAUGGUAGACAAAGCAAGGCGUGGUCGAAUGAUACCAUUAGAGACUACUACUUUGUUGGAGCACCUCAAGAUCAUGGUGUGUGAGGAUUAUGGCGUGGAACCUGAUUCCGUUAAUGCAGAGUUCAGCUAUGAGAUGGUGGAUCAAAGAGGGAAUCCUCCCAUAAUAAUCAGCAAUGAUCGACAAGUAUCUAACUUUGUGGCCUAUGCGAAGAAGGGUUCGUCUACAACCUUGUGUGUCACGUUCGCUAGUAGUGGUGUAAAUCAAAAGGAACGCGUCAAUAUCGAUUUGAAUAAGGAGCCGUGUGAUUCAAGUAAUGUUGAUGACGAGGAAGAUCCUGACAGAAAUCGAGCAGAGUUUGUCAAAACUUCAAAGGAGUCUUGCGUUAGAAGGAAGGAUCAUGUCGCUGGGGAUGCUUGCGGUGAUGCCGGUUUAAGGAGUGAAAAUAAUGGAGAUAGUGAAAAGGAUGAUCGAACUUGGAGCGGAGAUUUCGUGAAGAAGAAUCAAAUUUUCAGAAAUAAAAAGGUUUUGAAGGCAACACUGGAGAUUUGGGCGAUGAAGCAUAAUUUCGAUUUCAUUGUUAAGAAGUCUACAAAAAAAUGGUGGUAUAUUCGAUGUAAGGAUGCAUUGUGCAACUGGUCUGUGCGUGCGGAAUGUCUGGAUGGGUCUACAUAUUUCAUGAUCAACAAGUGUGAGGAAAGACAUUCAUGUGCUCCUUCAAAGAAAAGCAAAUUCGGAAAGACCGCAUCGGCAAGAACAAUUGGGAGACUGAUACAACAUCGAUUUGAUGAUGCAAAUGAUGGACCCAAAGCAAACGAGAUCAUUAAAUUCAUGAGAAUGGAGCAUAGUUGUGAGAUCAGUUAUUGGCACGCAUGGGAAGCUCGUGAGUUUGCAAUUGCAGCUGCUAGAGGUAUACCAGAUGAGAGCUAUGCAAAAAUACCAAAAUAUUUGCAUAUGAUCAAAGAAGCUAAUCCUGGUACACAUACUGAAUAUGAAACUACAGAGAAGGGGAGAUUCCUCUAUCUAUUUAUCUCGUUUGGGCAAUCAGUUAGAGGGUUCUACAAUGCAAUGCGUAGGGUGAUUGUUGUCGAUGGAACUUUUCUGAAAAAUAAAUACAAAGGAGUUCUCCUUGUUGCUACUGCUGUUGAUGGUAACUCUAAUUUGUAUCCGAUUGCAUUUGGGGUUGUUGAUUCUGAGAAUGACGAUUCAUGGGGGUGGUUCUUUAGACAGUUGAGCGUGGUUGUAGAUGACUCCAAGGACUUGGCUUUUAUUUCUGAUAGAAAUGCAUCGAUCGCUAAAGCGAUUGGGACUGUCUACCCUCAAUCAACACAUGGAAUUUGCAUUCAUCACUUGCUGACCAAUGUGGUUAAAUCGUUUAAGGGAAAGGGUUGGACAGCGUUGGUCGAACAGGCUUCAAAGGCAUAUAGGUACUCUGAAUUUCAGGAACGUAUGACCGAAAUUUUUGAUAUGAGUCCAGAGCUCGGAAGAUAUCUACAGGAGGCUGAUGUGCGAAAAUGGAGUCGUUCUCUCUUCCCUGGUUCCAGGUAUGACAUUAGGACCACAAACCCUGCAGAGUCGAUAAAUUCUCUUUUGAGAAUACCUAGAGAAUAUCCGGUUAUUCCGUUGCUGGAUAGUAUAAGGGAAUUUAUGACUCGAUGGUUCUACGAGCGUCACCUGUUAAGCUCGAAGCAUCUUGAUCCUUUAACCGUCAAGGUGGAGAAAAAGAUUGAUAGGAGAAUUGUCAAGGCAAAAGGAUUUCAGGUUUACAAGAUUGACAACUUCAGAUCGCUUGUGAAAGGAGACAUAUAUGAAUGUCAUGUUGAUUUGGAGAAUAGAACAUGCACAUGUGGGAAGUACGAUAUAGGAAAAAUACCUUGCCGACACGCCAUUCCUGCCAUUUAUUCACGAGGUAGAGAAGUACACAGUUUCACUGACGUUUUAUACACAACUGCAACUUGGAGAACAGCCUAUUCGGAGUCCAUUAAUCCAAUAGCAGUCCCACAGUCUGAGUGGAAUGUCCCAGCUGAGGUUGACCUUGCAAAACUUUUACCACCAGAGUCAAGAAAGAGUGCUGGUCGACCAGUAAAGAGAAGGUAUGAAACAGUAGAAGACAAGAUCAAAUCUUCUCAAGGAUCAAGCAAGGGUAAAAAGCACAAGUGCAGCCGUUGUGGUAACGAAGGACACAAGAGAGGAACUUGCGAUUUACCCAUUUAACAUUUACGUUUCUU